AAAGAAACCGUGACGGAGGCGGGGAGGGGCAAUUCUGUAUCUUCUCGUGCCGUGAUGACUCGGCACUGCAGGCCGCAAGGAGCGCGGCGGAAGCCCUCUGCACUUGCGCAGGGGCCCUCUUGGCGCCCAGGCCCAUCUGCUGCCCGCGCCUUCCUGGCCUCGGCGGCUCCUCCUCUGCCCGCCCCUCCGCGUGCCCUGAUCCGGCUCAUCGGGGACGAGAAGCGGUGGGAGGCCGGGCAGCAGGCGGAAGCGAGGAGGAAAGGACGCGCAGCGGCGCCGGCCAGCAGCUGCGUCCGCCUCUGCCUGCUCCUCUCCUGGCCACCAUGCGCACCUUCCCGGGCGCCGUGGCGGCCCUGCUCGGGCUCUCGCUCCUGCUCGUCUUGCCCGCCUUGGCCGCCGUGGCUCCUCCGCCCAGCGUCGCCGCUGCUGCCGCCGCCUCCUCCUCGGGCUCCAGCACCAACAGCUCGGGACUCUCGGAGCCGCCGGCCGCGAACCGCAGCGAGGGCGCCCAGCGGAGCCCCAUGUGGGCUUUGCUGCGGGACUUGCCUGCGCUCAAGGCCGCCGUCAUCGGGGCUUGCGCCGCCAGCGUGGGGCUCAUCGCCUGCCUGCUCCUCCGCGUCCUCAGGUCUGGCAGGAAGAUUAAAAAAACCCGCAAGUAUGACAUCAUCACAACUCCAGCAGAACGGGUAGAAAUGGCCCCCUUAAAUGAAGAUGAUGAGGAUGAUGAAGAUUCCACAGUGUUUGAUAUAAAAUAUAGACCAAAGAAGAGUUCUGGAGAACUUGAAAAGUUGCUCACAACUUUGUGAGGGUUCGGUUGGUCCUAACAAAGGUGAGGCUGUUGCACAAGGCUCAUCAGGAUGGAGGUCUCCUGUCAAGAACCUUGCAAGAACCUUGGCAACAGAGGGGAGAAGGAAGACAGAAUCUUAGCAUCAACAAAACUUACAGUUUUCCACUGUUCCAAAUAUAUAUACAUACAUGAUUUAUGAAGGAUUUUGACAGGAGACAGCUGAGCAUCAGGCAUAUACAUUACUACUACGUUCCUGGGUACCAGGUUGGAAGAACUGGAGGUGCUUUUCCUUCUGGACUGCUUUUCAACUGGAAGAAACCCCCCUCUCUUUUUGUUUUGUUACAGAUCUGGUUACCUGCAACGUUUGUAGGCCAACCCAGAGCCCUAGUUAUUAGGAGUGCCAGUUUUGUUCAAAGGCACCCAGGCUAACCAACAAACUCUCUGCUCAGAAGCGCUAAACUUAGAUGGAUGGUUGUUCUCCAUGGCAACUAAAACGCCUGGCAUUGUGUGGUUCUGGGUUGUAGCAACCUCUGCUCAUCUCACGGAAGCUCAGGACUUGUGCAAACUCUGCUGAAUUGAUUGAACCUGUGUAUUGAUGUGUGAAUGUGUGUGUGUUUUGCUUUUUGUGGGUGAGACGUGGGCCGCUGUGAUGACUUGCUACUACUACUGAUAACAAUUGCACUAAUCAUCUGCUCUUGCAAUAAGGCUCCCUGCCUUCUCUCUAAGGGGAUAUCUCCACAAUCCUCUGGGGAGGGCAAACUCUGAGAAGCAGGGGGAGAAAAACCCAGCCAGUUCAGGAGGAAAGGAAAGAUCUUUUUUGGCAGCCCCUUGCUCCUCUUUCCCGAUUCCAGAGGAAGUCAAACCUUACUGCCGGGGGGGGGGGCUCACCUGUGACCCUGUGGAUGUUGUUCUGACCGUUGGCUGUGCUGGCUGGGGCUAAAGGGAGUUGGGAGUCCAGUAACCUCUGGAGAACUGCAGGUUCCCCAUUCCUGCCUUACACCGAGUGCUGUUUUGUGUCUGUGUCUCCCUCUGCCUGUGAGUCGCCUCUCUCUCACCUCCUCUAUUGUAUUUCACGACAAUCUGCAGUGAGGCUAUUAAAGAGCAAUUAGGAUAA